CGUGUCUAUGAACUGGUUCUCGCUGAGACUUCUGCGGAACACUCAAAAUGACACAACCAUAUAUCCAAACAGUGUUGCGGCUUCUGAUACUAUGUCUGCCAGUCCUGGGUGUAUCAACACAGACAGCCAUAAGCCCAUCUACUACAAGGCAUGUUCUAAAAGGAUGGGUUCCAAACGCUUGCACACUGGUUGUAUGUGCACCAUCUGGAAGAGGCCCAGAAGAGAAAAAUGGAGAUCAAGAGCUCCAGGGUCCAGUAGGAGCACCUAGCAUCCAAGAACCACAAAGAGAUGAUGGAGCAAGGCGCAAAAAGAGAUUAAGAAGAGACGCUAACCAAGUAGAGCUUGAGUGUCUUAGAAAGGAAAUAAGGAAUGUGCAAACACAACUGAACACUUACAAAGCUGCAAUCAACCAGACCCUAAAAGUCCUCCUCAUGCCUCAUGGUGGGAUGGUCGGCAACAAAAUCUUCAAAACUGAUGGCUCUACAGGUGACUAUGAGACUGCAAAAACUCUCUGCUCACAAAUGGGAGCGACGAUUGCCUCGCCAAGGAAUGCUGCGGAGAACAAAGCGGUACAACAAAUAGUACAGUGGCGAAACCAAAAAGCCAUUCUAGGAAUCAAUGACAUUGAGAGCGAAGGCACGUUUGUUUAUUAUAUGACUGGUGAAAUAAUAGGAUACUCCAACUGGGCAUCAGGAGAACCUAAUAAUCUUGCCAAUGAAGACUGUGGAGAAAUACAUCCUGAUGGCAAAUGGCAUGAUCGGCGGUGUGAACUCGAGUGGUUAGUCAUUUGUGAGUGGUUAGUCAUUUGACUGGUUAGUUAUUUGCAAAUUCCAAAAUGUCCUCUGUUUCUGUUUUCUUUGGCUCACCGUUAGUUCUAAUGGUUUCCAAUUUCAGUGGCAGUGCAGUUUGAAGGGACACUUGCAUGAAAGAUUUUAAACCUGUGAUAAUUCCAAAUCUUACUGUACAUGUUACAUUUUUGCUGCACGGAGUUGAUAACUGUUAGGCUCCAGAUGUAUUAUUAAUUGUGCUUUCACCAGUGAUUUGUUUUCUAUUGAUAUUUCCACUGUCUGAUAUUUUAUACUCAUAUGGGUAAUUUUUAUUUGCUUACUUGAGUGAUGAGAAAAAACUGGUAGAAGACAUGACAAGGGAGUGGUGUAGCUUAGACCCUGUCAGCACAGGCCAAUAAACCCAGCCUGGGGAUGGCAAAAAAUGGGGGGGGGGGCUUCUAACAGCUCCUGCCCCUGAAGCAACAUCUGCAUUUCCCCUUCUGAAAUAGGCUAUUUGAGAAUUGCACUAUUCAUGAUUCUUUCAUUUUAAUGCGUUUGGCAGCUGCUUGCGAGUGAACGGCUGCCCCGGCUGUGGCGUAAUUCCCAUUGGGCAAAGUGGGCAGAUGCCCAGGGUGCCCACUUGUGGUGGGCACCAAAAAUGCAGGUUCGUUUGUGGGUUUUUACUAUUUUCAGUGUUUUUCUCUGUUUUUGGCCUGA